AUGUCAGUACCAGCGUGGAAAAGGCCGAUUAUAGAGCGCCGAAAGAAGGCGGAGGACGAAGAGAAGAAGAAGCAGGCCGAAGAGGAGGCCUACCUCGCCACACUCCCUCCCUGGAAACGAGCCCUCUUCCAGAAGCGGGAACGGGAGAGGCUGCAGCAACUAGAGAGGGAGAAGGCCGCGGGAGGAUCGGGAGACGGGGGAAACGCAGUUCAACAGAACAACUCGUCCCAGAAUCGGCAGGCUCAGCAGCAGCCGGAGCGAGAAAAGGCGGCCAAGGGAGGCAGCCGGAGGGUAACGCCCCCCUCUUCUUCUGGCGAGAGAAGAGCCAUUUCUCCAACCUCGCCGCCUCACGACAGCUCCCACCAUUUUUUCUCGACCGCCUCUUCCACGUCGGCGUCGAGUGCGGGGACUAAGCGAGACCAGUGGACCGCUCACGGAAGGCGAGGCAGUGUAACAGCUCUGCCUGGAGUCCACGAGCCCGUAGCAGCCAAGGUCGCUAGCGCCCGUGCUCCGCAGCCGGCACUGAGCGUCGCAACGCAGAGACCUCGCGCCUCGUCCGAAUCAUCCGCCGUGUCCGGGAAGAAAGUGGUCUCCAGCUUCAUGAAGCUGAACCAGCCGCAGGAGUCGAAGGAGAUGCCUGCCUGGAAGAAGGCUCUUUUAGAGCGGAGGAAGGAGAAAGAGAGAGCAGCAGGAGGAUCGAAAUCUCCAGAUACUUCUUCCUCAUUGACUUCUGCUCCUGCCUCGGGGCUGGCGAUGAAUAGAACACAUCGCCACGUGAUGGAGUACGCCGCACAUGCACACCAGAGACCAACCGCCCACUUCAGAGCUACAGAGCAAGGCGCCCUCUCCAGCUGGAACACACUGACUCUAGCAAGAGGGACCAAGUGGAGACCAGUCCCUGAGAAGCGGAUCGAAAAACCACACGGUAUGAGUAGGGACUCUGAGCACUCGUCAUGGAGAGAGAGAGGUUGUCACCCACCGACGAGCAGACGAGCCAAAGAGAGGAAAGACCUUACGAAGCCAGUUCCGUAUCGCGAAUGGCACCAGUGGGCUCCGACAGCUGCAGGGAAAAAAAAGCAGCUGCAACCGAAAAGGGAACCGCCUACCAACACAAACACAAACAUAAAGUCACUCCUCGGCCGCUUCAACAAGCCAUCCUCCCCCUCCCCACCUCCUCCUCCCACCUCCACAAGCGUCCCCAAAGUCACCAUCACGUCACGCUCCCCCUCUCCCUCAUCUACGUCACAACUCCCUCACCACCCCACCUCCAGUCGCCCUCCUCCCUCCUCGGCCGGCAUCCCCCCAGUCUCAACAUCUGGACACACUACUAGAAAAUCCUUCACCUGGACGCCAGGCGAAGACACCAUGCCUGGCGAUGCACUCAGCGAUGACAGCAGUGGCGAAGACGAUGAAGAAGAAGGAGAGUAUAGCAUCACAAACCUAGACAACACAUCAGACGAGGAGGAGGAAGAGGAAGAGGGAGAGGGAGGAGAGAGUUCUGGUGUCGUUUUGUUACGACCUCCGCAGAUGAUUACGUCUUCUUCGACUACCGACAUCCCCUCUGCCACAUCUACCAGUGGAGAGGGUGGGGCACAGAGAGCUCGAAAGACGUCCUCCAUUCUAGUCAUGUCUGGUCGACACAAGAAAAGACCUCUUCGAAGAGUAGCAUUCAGUGAGACUGAUCUAACAGUCGAACACUACUAUCCCAAGUACGACUACAGCGACUACGAUGACACUCAGAACGACGAGGUCACCACGGGAUUCUCCUUCUCCUUCUGGAAAUCCAGGGAACAAGUAGAGGCCACUGACGGAUCCGACGAACAGAACGGUCUCUCACAGCGUCUCCAUCCCUCCCUCCGUUCUCCCGAGUCGGACCCCGACAAUUACCGCUAUUCCCCCUCACGAGACUCCGCCCAGCCUGGCCACACCCCUUCCAAGUCAUCCUCCGUCAAAACCACAACCAUCACUCUGAGUAACUACACACCCAGCAUAUUGUCUAGUUACGGAGGGGGUGAUGCAUUGCAACAGAGCUACACUAAAGCCAUGGACAAUGGGAUGAGAGAGGAAGAGGAGGAGGAGGAGGGAGGGGAAGAAUUGGUUGAUGGGAGUGGCCAUCUAAUGCCGGCUGACGGUCUACCUAAUUUUUACGCAUCGCUGAGUUCAGACGCGGCAGCAAUGCUGUGGUAGCGGAAAUUGACGUCAUUGUGUGUACGUGUGUGUGUGUCUGCGUGUGUAUAUAGUGUGUCUCUGUGUCUUAGUUCUGUAGCACAUUUCACUGAUUUUACUAAACCUGUGCAGCCAUUUUUGAUUCCAGUCAUCAGACAAGCAGAACUGCUAUUAUGCAUGUCAAUCACCUUUUCUUUGUUGUCAUUUUACGAUAAUUUAAUACUUUUACACAUAAUUAUUAUAAUAUUUUUCUGGCACAUG